GCUAUUUUGGGGGAAGGCCCGCUUGGCGGUGGCCCAGCUGCUUGGGGGCGCCCGGUCUGCGCCCGAUUUGGGCAGCCGCUCCCAACGGGGCAGCAGAGGCGAACAUGUCGUCGCGGAGCCCGUCGCCCCGAGCGGGCCGGCGGCCCGCGUUCCUCAGCCAGCCGUCGGUCAUCAGCUGGCAGUCUGAUCCGACGAGGCCACCUCAAUAUCUAAUCCUCAAUCCUAUGCACAUUGUGAACCUGACUGCUGACAAGACGAGAAGCUGCGCCGUCCGCGCCGCCCAAAGCAUCAAGGCAUUCAGCCAACGCUGGUUCUCGCAUAUUCUGCUGCUGCUCGUCCUUCUCGCGUACGCGGCCAUGGGCGCUGCGCUCUUCCAACUCAUCGAGGGCCCCUUCGAAGACAAGCAGAAGCAGACCAUCUUGAACGCGCGCCAGUACAUCAUCGAGGACCUGGUGAUCGCCCAGCGCACCCUGUCCGUGGCCGGAUUCCGGCGACACGCACUGCGCCGUCUGCGCGAGUUCGAAACGCAGGUGCGUGUGCUCGAGGACGAAGCGCGCAUCGUGAGCCACUCGGAGAAAAAGAUCUGGUCCUUUUGGGGCGCUCUCUUCUACUGCGGCACCGUUUUCACAACCAUCGGCUACGGGAACAUCGCCCCGAGCACGAUGGCCGGGAUGGCGGUGACCAUCCUGUACGCCUUCAUCGGCAUACCGCUGCUGCUCAUGGUGCUGGCUGACCUGGGCAAGGUGUUCACGCGCGGCAUCAAGUGGCUCUUCCUGUCGCUGCGCCAACUCGUCCGCACGGGCCGCUGCGGCAAGCACAAGGCGAAAGCACCCCCUCCGCAGCUGCAGUACGUCGCUUUCGUGUGGCGCAAGGUGAACGACACCAUGGCGUACGUUCCCUACCCGGCCUACCUGAAGCAGGAGCCCACCACGCCGACCGCCGAAGAAGGCGGUGAGGAAGCGAGCAAGGCCGCCAGCGAAGAGGAGCUUGUCAUUGACGACCAGUUCAACUUGCCUGUGUCGCUGGCCCUUCUUCUGCUUUCCAUCUACAUGACGGUCGGCGCCUGCAUCUUCACCAUUUGGGAGUCGUGGAGCUUCUUCGAAGCCUUCUACUUUGUCUUCAUUUCGAUGAGCACAAUAGGAUUCGGUGACUACGUCCCAGACCACCCGAUGUUUAUGAUGGCUACUUUCAUUUACCUACUUUUUGGCCUUGCGCUCACUUCCAUGUGCAUCAACGUUGUGCAGGAGAAGCUCUCCGCCAUAUUUGAAAGAGCUCGAAUGCAGCUGGGGACAACCAUUGGAUUCGACGCCAUGGUGAUAGACCAAGAGCGAAAGGAGCCUUUGGAGAGCGAUAUUGACGAGGCAGUGACAAAGGACGCCAUUGCCAAAGAAGCUAUUGCCAAGGGACUUGCUGCCCAAGAAGCUGCGGCCAAGAACGCUGUGGAUAAAAAAGCAGUUUCGAAUGACACUGCAACUAAAAAUAACACCCAGCAUAAAGAGCCCACCUGAACGGCCUCUUGAGAAUAAAUUAU